AUGGCUCCUUUGGUGAUCUUCUGGAUAUUGCUACUAGCCUCUCCACAGGUGGAUAGCAAAUUCAAGAGCCUCCACUGCAACAGCUUUGAUCUGGACUAUGGGGAGUUUCUUCUGUGCAAAAUACAAGCCAUCAAUCGGUACAGGAACUCGAUAAGCAUUUCGUUUUUGAACAAGAACACGGUCCGCAGUCACUUAACCGUUCGUUUGGAAUUUUUCAAACGUGCCAAUGGCUGGCGACCUUUUCUGUACAACAUCACGGUGAACGUAUGCGAUUUCUUGGACAGAAAUAAGACCAAGCCCACCAACAACAACAGGGUCAUAUUCCGCCUAGCUGCGGCUUACCUCAUACCGUACAUAACCCGCAGCUACUCCUGUCCCUUCAUGGGCAACACGGUGCUGAAACUUGUGAAGCUGGAAUUCGAUGUGGAGAAGUUCCGCACCCGUUUCCCCAUUGAGACGGGCGAGUAUGCUCUUCAGUUCAGCCUCUAUCACAAGAAGAUACUUAGGUACACAGUUAAUGGCUCCAUGGAGUACUCCAACUACAGAGAGCACUAAAAAUCAAUAAAUUAGAGAAGCCCCCCAAAAAUCAUUCACAGCAAGUAGUCAGGGGGGGAUGGGGAGCACGACUAUUCUAAUGCCGAUCUACUAUGGAAUCGGUUGAGCGGGCAGCGGCUUAUCUUGAAUCUCUUAAUCGUCAAACGAUGCCACUUAUCCAAUUAGGCUUUAAGCACAUAGAUUCAU